UAUGUAUACCUUUUGAAAGAAUGGGGCUGUCUGUGUCUCGGAAAAUCACAAAGUAUUGGUAUGGAUAGUCAUGUCGGAUAGUUGCUUCGAUGAUUCAUGCACAUUCGUGUUGUAUGUCAAGCGAAUGCACGAGAUAAAUUUACGUUAAAUAUAAGAGUCGUCUUCCAAUAACAGAGUCUUAUUCUCAUGUUGGAAAAUGGAAGAAGACAUGACAAAUCGCCCAAAGUGGCUGUUGGAACUGGAAAGUCGUAAGCGGAAGCCACGUUUAGCGCACGAAGCUGGAGCUGGUGCACCAUGCACAAACUGUAAUUCCGCGUGUCCUGGUCUCGAUCUUCAUUUCUGGCGAAAAAUUUGCAAGAAUUGCAAAUGCGGUCGAGAUGAUCACGAUGUCGAUGAUGAUGAAUUCCCGCAAUUUGAUCUGCUACUUGGACCAAGCCUUGGAAAGUUUAAAAAGAAGUCCAUGCGUUUGCAAGUAAAUAAUAAGAAACAAAACGAUGGUGAAACUACAUUCGAGUGGGUGCCGCCAGAUACAACUAAAGAACUUGCUGUGGAUUAUAUGAAAGCUUUGCCUGCGGAGAAAUUGCCGAUUAAAGGAUCCGUCGGUGCUGUUUUGAGAAGGCAAUUGUUACAGAAACAACUUCCCCUUCAUGAUAUCGAUUUUAAAGUCUGUGAUGAACUUAGCGAACAGGAGCAGAAACAAUUUGAAAAAUAUUUAGAGAAUAUAAAGAGAUAUGUAGGACAAGGCAAAGUGAUGAAGAUGUUCGGUGCUCGUCCAUUUGAUCGUUCUCUCAUGACACCUGUCAAUGCAACCGAUAUGCAAAAGUGCAGUCCACAGCAUAAAUCUCAUUCUCAUGUAUCUUCCACUGGUGUUCAAUUACGUACACCGAGUAGCUUUGCUGUAAAAGGUCCGUAUGCGAGGCAUCCGUAUGAAGCUCAAAAUAAACGAGACGAUGAGGUAUCUAGUACAAAGGAGUAUAACUAUACUCUAGACAAUGUGUCUGCCAACAGCAGUAUCGCGAGAUCGCAACCAAUCGAAGGAAAAUUGACUUGUGAGAAUUUCCAACGUGUACACGCGCACGAUACUGUAUCGGUAAAAGGUAUAGAUGGCAAGAUAGUUAAUUCUUCAAUUCUUACACAUCUCGCUGAGCAAGAAAUCGUAUCCGCUCGCGAGAGGCAUGCUUUCGGAAAUUACACUCCUCCUCACGGAGGAGACGCUUUCGAAGGAGGACACGGAGAAACGCGAUGCCUGAACGAUACCGCGUCGUACAUCGCGCAUCCAGAAGAUGCGCUGCUGGCGGACGCGCUUCUUCCGCCCAGUGCGAUACAUGCCAACGAUAUUAUCGGAAGCACACUGGACGAAAAAGGAUUGACGUUUAUAAGGGAGAAGCUCGCCGAUAAAUAUAACGUCGCGGAGAAUCCAGUCGCGAUGCGCGCUGUUUCCAAAUCGCUUCGACCGUUAGACACGAGUAAUACAUCGUAUCCGCGUAGCGGAGGAGUCAAGGAAAAUGAUACUCCCGCAGGUGUCGGCAUCAGGUACGCAGAGAGAACGGAGAAUAUUAUCGCUGCUGCGAAGAACCCUUUCGAAACGGCAGAGAUAAUCACUCCUUUAGAAGCAGAGAGAAAGAUGUAUAAACCUCUGUCUGAAGUAAUCGAAUCGACCAUUCUACCUGCCAGUAGUACCGAUGUAAACGAACGAAAGCGAUGCGGCGCGGGCGGUUUGUUAUCGAAUAGCAAAGUGGCGAAUAACGAUUCACUGGUGACGGAUACAACUAAAGCCUCAAUUACGGAAAGCAUUGUGGAUCCAUUAUCGAGCAAACGCAUUUCCACAGAUCCUACUUUUCCCACGUCGAACCUAUCAACGCAAGCUCCUGAUUCGCAAAAGCCUAUCGAUGCAAAAUCCAAUCCGUUGCAAGUCGAGUUGAGUAGUGGGAUCCUGCAACCGUCCCUCAUACAUUCUGAACAGUUGCAAAAUCAAGUGUUUCCUCACAUCGUUGGAAACUUGAACGAACAAUGCGUACAGUAUACGCAACUUGCGGACCGUCUAAAAGAUACAAUUGAGAGCUUAAAGCUGGACUCGACAAGAGUGCACGAGUGCGAAAAAUGCCACGAGGACAUACGCGUCGGCGACGUAGUCGUAAUCGCGGAGAAGGCCAAUAACGCAUCCUGGCACCCUGGCUGUUUCGUUUGUUCGGUAUGCAACGAAUUGCUGGUGGACCUCGUAUAUUUUUAUUACAAGAAUAAAUUGUAUUGCGGAAGAGACUUGGCUGCAUUUCUAGGAAUUCCUCGAUGUUUCGCUUGCGACGAGUUGAUCUUUGUACGGGAGUACACGGUUGCGGAAGGGCAUAAUUAUCACGUGAAGCAUUUUUGUUGCUGGGACUGUGACGUACCAUUGGCUGGGCAACAAUACAUUACCGAAAACGAUCGACCAUUGUGUCUGCCUUGUUAUAAAAAAUCAUAUGCAAAAACAUGCGCCGCUUGCAAUGUAGUGAUUGCCGCCGAUCAACAAGGAGUAGCUAUAAAAAAUUUAAACUUUCACGCGACUGAAGUUUGCUUUUGCUGUUACAGCUGUAAGAGAAACUUACUGAACGGCAGAAUGGCGAUAAAGAAAGAUAAAUUGUUUUGCAGUAAAGAGUGCAUCGCAAAGUUUUUCAAUUAGUAAAUCAAUAAUAUAUAAUAGACAAAAAAAGUCCGACUGCUAUUUUCUGACGUGUCGUUUUUUUGUUGAGAGAGAGAAAUAUAAUUACGUAAUUCCAUUAUGAGAAUAUAAGAAACAUGAAGUAUUAAAACGUAAAAUGUGUCAUUAAUUACUACUAAUAGUUAAGAAAAAGUCACGAACCUGAGAAAAUGUAUUAUGUACGAGAUUUUGUGACGUAAAUCAAUUAUAAUCCGAUUAUAACUUUGUUGUAAACCGAAGAUGAAUAAUAAUUUUUGUUUAACUGUAUUUUAA